AUACGUCAUGGUAUUCAACAGUAAAUUAUUUUCGUACCAUAUGAUUUAUAUCAAUUCUGGUUUUUGUUAUUAAAAUUCGACGAAAUUAUGUGUUGUGUGUACGUGUGUGACUAAUUCUAAUUCGACAUUUAAACAAUAAUUCCAAACGUGUACGUUUCCAAAACGCAGUCUAUGCAAUGUGUGUUUUAAUAAUAACAAAUUUAACUUUCACCAUCAUAAAAAGUGUACCUUUAAAAUGAAAUACGCCAAAGUACUUUUCAUCAAUUAAUUAACUAGGCCAAAUUAGUUUUUGUAGACAAUUAAAUUUUUAAUUAAAUUCAAAAUGGGUCUACUCUUUGCCAAGCUGUGGAGCCUAUUUGGAAAUGAAGAACAUAAGAUAGUUAUAGUAGGAUUGGACAAUGCGGGAAAAACUACAAUACUGUAUCAGUUUUUAAUGAACGAGGUUGUGCAUACCAGCCCGACAAUAGGAUCGAACGUUGAGGAAGUCGUAUGGAGAAAUAUUCACUUUAUUAUGUGGGAUUUAGGGGGACAGCAGUCGUUGCGCGCUGCCUGGAGUACUUACUAUACGAACACAGAAUUUGUGAUAGUAGUUAUAGAUUCAACCGACAAAGAACGGCUAAUCACAAUUCGCGAGGAAUUGCAUAAGAUGUUAUCCCACGAGGAGCUAUCGAAAGCGGGAGUCCUUAUUUACGCAAAUAAACAGGACAUCAAAGGUUCAAUGACUGCGACGGAAAUAUCCAGACAACUAGAUUUAACUUCGAUUAAGAAACAACAGUGGCACAUUCAGUCUUGUUGUGCGCUCACCGGCGAAGGAUUAUACCAAGGCUUGGAGUGGAUAGUCAGUAGAUUGAAAAAGAAAUGACAAAUAGGACUUUAAGUAGGCAUCUAAAUUUCAUUUACCACAUGUACAAUUAAAAUCAUUCUAUUCAUGCUUCUUAUGACAUUUUGUCUCUCACAUUGAGAUUUCGAAAGGGAGGUUGUGUCACGCGAACGAUAUUCAAAUCAUUCCUAGUGAAACCAAUUAUGGGCACCCUAUUUUGAGGUUGAUAAAUGCAUUUUUGUGUUACGUACCUAUACUUAAAUUAUUUCGAUCGUUAUACAAAUUAUUUGUGCUGCUGUUAACGGUUUUGUUUAUCGUACAUAAGUGUAUUUGAAUUAAUCUGGUUUACAAAGGC